ACGAGACACCGCUGCAAGAACCUGAGCCAUGUGAAAUUCCCAGCGACGCUCCCCGCCACAAAUCCCCACGGCCUCCGGCUCCCUCCACCUGCUCGUGCUCGGCUACUCUCCGCUGCCACGCGCGUAGCCGGCAUCGCCAUGGCCGCGCCGCCCGACAGGUCCGACCUGGACUUCGCGGACGUCUUCGGCGGCCCGCCCCGGCGUUCGUCGGGGAACGACCGCCUGCGGCGCUCCUCGAUGGACUCGUCCUUCGGCUCCGCGUCGAGGGGGCGGAGCGGGACCGAGGAGAGGUUCGUGUUCGGGGAGCGCACGAGCUCCGGGUCGGCGUCGAUGACGCGGAGCGGGGGAGAGAGCGGGCCCGGGGAGAGGCCCGUGUUCGGGGAGCGCACGAGCUCCGAGCGGCGGCAGCUCGGGCAGGAGUUCUACAGGGAUAUAUUCCCCGGGGGCGAGUCGCUGUCCCCCAGGCGGGGCGGCGCCUCCGGCGAUAGGGACGUGUUUGGCGCGCCGGCGUCGCCUGGGUCCACGAGCCGCCUGCGGUCGAGCUUCUCCAUGAAAUUCACAAGAGGUGUGGACAAUUCAGUGCCUACUUCUCCAUCCCGGCAUGCAUCCAACAUAAAUAAUGAUGGAACAUCUUACGCUUACAGUGUUCCAGCUUCACCGAAUUCAUCCACAAACAGUUUCCUUGAUCAAGGGGCACCCCAGCAAGAUUCCAGGAAGAAUCCCUUUUCAUGGCAUCGAUAUCCCUUCCUAUCCCGGUUUCGUUCCCAAAGUGGCGAGAAAAAAGACACCUCUCAUUCUGUUCACUCUAUGGACAGUGAAUAUGAAGGGACUCCUGUUAGCUCAGAAAGCUUCAUUGCCAAUAACAAAUUCCAUUUUUCAUUCUAUAAGUGGGCAGGGAAAGGAGCUUUCUUAAUGUUGCCAGCUAGUGUACAAGAAAAAGAUGGACAUAUCAUUGGAGUUAGAAGCUUCCCUCAGGUGGUUGUGCAAGGCAUCGACCUAAUUGAUGAGGACGAAACCAUGUCAACUGCAACGGCGGCAUCAAAAAGUCAGGUUGACUAUGAAGAUUUCAAGUCUGGGAAAGAUGACUUCUUGGAAACAAAACAUAGUAGAAACUCAACAACCAAGGAGGAACCUCUUUCUUUAGUGUUUGAUGACUACAUGCAGGGUGAUACAACCAAACAAACAGGGACAAAACAAAGCACCAACAAUGCAAACAACAAUGUGUCGGCAGCUAGCCCCAGUGCUAAAAGUAUGCAUCCACCUUCACGAGAGAAAAGUCGUGGUAGCAGAGUUCUAAAGGAUUUCAUAAAGAAAUUUAGUCCUGAGGUUUCACCUAAGCGAAAAGCGGCACCUCAAGUCCAAUAUCAGUCCAGUGGGAAAAAUGGAAGCAAAGAUGGAGUUGAAGAAAAAUUUAGCAUAUCCAGUUUGGAGGCCGAUGAGGAUGUCAAGACAGAUAAGUUGCCAAUGAGUGAAGUACAAGGUAGAGUGGAGAAACCAGUCCUUGCAGUAGAUAAUGAUACACAAACAAGGACAGCCCAAUUUUCUGGGAAGAGAGAUAUGAAACCUCCAACUUCUGAUGAGUCAAUACAUGUCAAGACCGAAGAAAAGGUGCCUGACACAGUAGGUCGUGAGGAAAGUCACCUGGAAGAUAUUGAAGGAUGCGUGGUUGAGCAUUUUCCUGAAGAUAAUGUUCUUCGUGAUGACAAGGAAAAAGAGCAAAUAAAGAUAUCUGACUCUAAAAUCCGGGAAUGGUCAAAGGGAAAAGAAGGAAAUAUUCGGUCAUUGCUUUCUACACUGCAUUAUGUUCUCUGGCCUGAGAGUGGAUGGAAACCAGUUCCAUUGGUUAACAUAAUUGAAGGAUCAGCGGUUAAGAAAGCUUAUCAGAAGGCACUGUUAUGUCUUCAUCCAGAUAAGCUGCAACAGCGAGGAGCUGCCAUGCAUCAGAAGUAUAUAGCAGAAAAGGUUUUUGAAAUUCUACAGGAGGCAUGGAAGGAAUUCAAUUCAGUCACUUUUGGGUAGUAUUUCAUAGCUUUUAUCAUUGGUUUGGUUCCACCAUAUAUAUUAUGCUUGCUGUCCAGUGUGUCCACUGUCUGCUGCAGUGCUAAAAUAGAUGAAUCAGCUUAUCUGUGGGUAGCCAUGGUACAAGGACAUUUUCUGUAUGCUGGUGAACUGCCCCUUUUGUGAACUUCUCUCGGUGUAAAGGCAAUUGUAAAUCUGCAGAACCGGGCCAUGCUGCCCUUUGUACACAAAUUUCUUUAUGAGUUAAAUUACAGAAUCCCCUCAAAAAAAAGUUAAAUUACA